AUGUUACUUGGCCAAGAAAACUUUGGACGUUUCAACCUACACACACUGACUGGCGCUGGGCUUGAUUUUCCGCGCGUUUGCAUAUUCCUUCAACUGAUCCAUACAGCUCUCCAGAUAUCAAAAAUAGAAAAAGCACAAGGUAUCCAAAAAGAAAUACAGAAGAUUUUCCAGCUCCAUCGUCAGUUAUCUGCCCAACUUUCUGAAAAUGAAAAUGUUAUUGAAGACUUUGGAUUAUUAAAUGAAUCCAAUGCUAUAUACAAACUUGUUGGUCCAGUUUUAGUCAAACAGGAUUUAUCUGAAGCUAAAGAAACAGUCAGUAAAAGGAUAAGCUACAUAACAUCUGAAAUGUAA